AUGGUGAUUCCCACCAAGACCCAGGACUGCUUCUGGAAGGGCCUCCUGCUCUCAGCCUCAGUUCUGGUUCUCUGGAUGCCUCAAAGUUCCUGGGCAGCCCUUUAUAUCCAGAAGAUUCCAGAGCAGCCUCAAAAGAACCAGGAUCUUCUCCUGUCUGUCCUGGGAGUCCCAGACACCUUUCAGGACUUCAACUGGUACCUGGGGGAGGAGACCAGUGGGGGCACAAUGCUGUUCUCCUACUUCCCUGAGCAACUGCGGCCCCAGAGAGAUGGCAGUGCCAUGGGAAACCGAGACAUCACCGGCUUCCCCAACGGCUCCAUGCUGCUGCGUCGCGCCCAGCCUACAGACAGCGGCACCUACCACGUAGCAGUCACCAUCAACCCUGCCUGGACCAUGAGAGCCAGGACAGAGGUCCAGGUGGAUGAAAAGCAUGUGCUGCCCAUCGUACACCUGCCCGUGAAUGCCAAGAUCGUGGCUGCCAUCACCAUUGGGUCUCUAGCUGCUGGGUCCCUCCUCGUGGGCAGCAUCACCUACUUCCUGGUGACAAGAUGCUGGAAGGGCCAGAGCCACAGGAUGACUCCCACAGAGAAGCCGGAGCUGGGCCCCCCUCAUAGUACUGAUGACGAGAACCUCUAUGAGGUGAUGCCAUCUCCAGUGCUCCUGGUGUCCCCCCUCAGUGACACUGUGUACACAACCACAGCCAUGCCAGAGGAGCAGCAGCAGCACUACCAGGACCUGAUAAGCCCGGACCCUGACCCCUACUGCCAGCUGGUGCCCACCUCCUGA